GCGAGGGAGAGAGCUAGCGAGAGCUGGAUUUUCCCAUUCUUAGAUGGUCCGGAGGCGGCGGCGGUGCGGCGCGGCAUUGGUAGUGAUCCCGGCGAAUGGCGAGCUUGAUCGAGGGGCUCCCGGAUGCGAUUGCAAUGCAGUGCCUGGCGCGGGCGCCGCUAGGGAUGCACAGGGCAAUGCGGGCGGUGUGCCGGUCGUGGCGCGCGGCGCUGCGCAACGGCGGCGGCGGCGGUGGUGGCGCCGAGCUCUUCCGGGUAAGGUCCGCGGCGGGGCUGCGCGAGGAGUGGCUCUUCGUCACAUCCUUCGAGCCCGACCGCGUGUGGGAGGCCUACGAUCCAUCCGGCGGCCUCUGGCACACCCUGCCACUCUUCCCCUCCUCCAUCGCGCGCCUCUCCAACUUCGGCACCGCCGCGCUCCACCGCCAGCUCUUCGUCGUCGGCGGCGGCAGCGACGAGGUGGAUCACGCCACCGGCGAGCGCGACCGCCCGUUCGCCAGCGCCGCCGUGUGGUGCUUCGACGCGCUCCAGGGGCGAUGGGAGGCGCGAUCGCCCAUGCUCACGCCCAGGUCCCAGUUCGCCUGCGCGGCGGUGGCGGGCAAGAUCGUCGUGGCGGGGGGAUUCGGCUGCUCGCGCCGCCCGCUCGCCUCGGCGGAGAUCUACGAUCCGGAGGCCGACCGCUGGGAGGCCAUCGCGGACGUGGGCGAGGUCCACAACGCGGCGUGCUCGGGGCUUGUUCUUGGCGGCGCCAUGGCGCUGCUGUACAAGGGCCACUCGCUCGUCCAGCUCUACGAUCCGGCGCUGGAUUCGUGGACGCUGCAUGGGUCGCAGUGGCGGGAGUUCCCGGGGAGAUUGGCGGUGGUGGGAGAUGAGGUUUGCGGGGUGGCGAGCUCCUACUUGAUCCGGGGCCUGAACGAGCCGCAGCUAUGGCGGCACUGGGCCGAGUACUUCCACAGGAUAGGGUUUGGGGUGGCGGGGAUUGGAAACGACUUGUACGUGGUUGGGGGGAUCUUGGGGCCGCAGCAGGAGAGCAUGAGGAUUCACGUAUUGAAGGAGGUGGAUAUCUGGAGCGUGGAGGGUGGCGAAUUCGAGAAGAAGGGGACGACGAGCAUGACUUGGUGCUCCGGGACGGUGUUGGGCUGCGCGGUUGUGAGCCUGUGAUCGGUCGAUCGAUCGGUCUCUUGAUUCUUCGUCUCUGGGCUUUGGAGAGAUUGAUGAUCGUGUAGUAGCAUAGCAGCAAAACUCGAUCUUUCA